CCUUUCAUCCGCAACCUCCUCCCUCCUUUCCCAUCGCCGAUUCGCCGUCCUCUCCAAGGCUAUUCCCCGUCAAAUACCCCUCCGCCUCACCACCGCUCCGCCGCCACCUCCGCCUCCGCCUUAUCCCCUCGCCCCCUACCUGGCACCACCUCCAUCCCCCCUUACCCCAUCCGCCGCCUCCUCCACCGACGGAGGAUUCCCCAAUCCUAGGUUUACCCCUCCCGCCCCGCCGCCGCAUGCAGCCCUCCACCGAUCGCCGCCGUGGAGGCGGCCCAGCCGCGGCCCCAUCCUCUCGCCCCGUGUGGCGCCCCCGCUCCUCCGCCCCCGCCCCCGCUCCCGCACCUGUCGCGGCCCCCGACUCAACCGCCCCGUUCCUGCCCCUCCCCACCCCGGCCUCGCAGACCCGCCCGCCCCAGCGCCGCCCGCGCCGCCCGAAUCACGGAAACAACGCGAACAACAAUCGCCGCGCGGCCCCGUCGCAGGAGCAGAACAACACGAACAACCAUCGCCGCCGCCCGCCACCGCCGCAGGAGCACAACAACAAUGCCGGUCACCAUCGCCGCGGCCCGCCGCAGGAGAGGCCAGCUCCUGCGGCCCCAGGGAACGCGCGCGCCCAUGCCCCUGCACCCGCUGCGGUUGGGGGCGAUGGGUCGGUGCCUCAGCUGGUGCAGGAGAUCCAGGACAAGCUGGCGCGGGGGGCGGUGGAGUGCAUGAUCUGCUACGACAUGGUGCGGAGGUCGGCGCCCGUCUGGUCCUGCGGCAGCUGCUUCUCCAUAUUCCACCUCCCCUGCAUCCGCAAGUGGGCGCGCUCCCCGGCCUCCGCCGCCGAUGGCUCCGCAGAGUCCGCCGCGGCCUCCUCAUGGCGCUGCCCCGGGUGCCAGUCCGUACUCUCCAUCCCGGCCCGCGAUCUCGCCUACACCUGCUUCUGCGGACGACGACGGGAUCCCCCCAACGACCUCUUCCUCACGCCCCAUUCCUGCGGUGAGCCCUGCUCCAAACCUCUCGAGAGGGUGGAACCGAUUGCCAAGGGUGACGAUGCUGCCGCUACCAGGUGCCCGCACGUCUGCGUCCUGCAGUGCCACCCGGGCCCGUGCCCACCCUGCAAGGCUUUUGCGCCGGAUCGGCCGUGCCCCUGUGGGAAACAGAUUAUCGUGCGGCGGUGUGCAGACCGGAGCACGCCAGUAACCUGCGGUCGGCCUUGCGAGCGGCUGCUGCCCUGCAGAAGGCACCGCUGUGAGAAGGUCUGCCACACCGGGCCCUGUGGGGAUUGCGCUGUUCUCAUCUCUGCACGGUGCUUCUGUGGGAAGAAGAAGGAGACGUUGCUAUGUGGGGACAUGGCUGUGAAGGGGAAGCUGUCGGAGGAGGAUGGGGUGUUCUCAUGUAGUGAGGUGUGUGGCCACACGCUCGCCUGUGGGAAUCAUGCCUGCCAGGAUAUGUGCCACCCAGGGCCUUGCGGUGAGUGCGAACUCAUGCCAGGGAAGGUCACUACAUGCCAUUGUGGCAAGACAAGGCUGCAGGAGAUGAGGGCAAGCUGCUUGGACCCAAUCCCAACCUGUGACAAGGUCUGCGAUAAGAAAUUACCAUGUGGGGUGCAUAGGUGCAAGGUCAAUUGCCACGAGGGAGAGUGCCCACCUUGCUUGGUGCGUGUUGAGCAGAGGUGCCGCUGUAGCUCAUCAGGCCGGAUGGUGGAGUGCUACAAGGUUUCGAUGGAAGAGUUCCACUGCAACAAGCCUUGUGGUCACAAGAAGAACUGCGGGAGGCAUCGGUGCAGUGAGUGUUGUUGCCCACGGUCAAGGAAGUUUGCACAGCUUGAAUUUGGUAACUGGGAUCUCCAUCUCUGCCAGAUAACAUGUGGCAAGAAGCUCGGGUGUGGGCAGCAUGUGUGCCAGCUGCUCUGCCACAGUGGUCACUGCCCACCCUGCUUGGAGACCAUAUUCACUGAUCUCACUUGCGCCUGUGGCAGAACUUCUAUCCUGCCGCCACUGCCUUGUGGCACACCGACUCCAUCAUGCCCACACCAGUGCUCAGUUCCCCAGCCGUGCGGGCAUCCAGCCUCACAUGCAUGCCAUUUUGGGGACUGCCCGCCUUGCGUUGUGCCAGUAAUGAGAGAAUGCAUUGGGGGACAUGUGAUGUUGAGAAACAUCCCUUGUGGAUCGAAGGAUAUCAGGUGCAACCAACCAUGUGGGAAGAACCGGCAGUGUGGAUUGCAUGCUUGCACCAGGACUUGUCAUCCUUCCCCCUGUGACCAGCCACCAGCAAACGGAGAUGCUAGCUCAAGCUCUGGGGCCAAAGCUUCUUGUGGACAGGUAUGCGGUGUCCCAAGGAGGGAAUGUAAGCACACGUGCACUGCUCCAUGCCACCCAUCGUCACCUUGCCCAGAUUUGAGGUGUGAAUUCCCUGUGUCCAUUACCUGUUCUUGUGGUCGUUUCAUUGCCACUGUUCCCUGCGGUGCUGGGGGGGCCUCCAAUGGUGGUGAUAAUAUGUUUGAAGUCUCUAUCAUACAGAAGUUGCCAAUGCCUCUCCAGCCAGUGGAAUCAAAUGGGAGAAGGGUGCCUCUUGGGCAGAGGAAGCUUUCUUGUGAUGAGGAGUGUGCAAAGGUGGAAAAGAAAAGGGUCCUUGCUGAAGCAUUUGACAUUACCCCACCCAAUUUGGAUGCAUUUCAUUUUGGUGAGAACACAAAUUCAGCAGAUUUGGUUUCUGACCUGUUCCGACGUGAGCCAAAGUGGGUGCUGGCCAUAGAAGAGAGGUGCAAGUUCCUUGUCCUUGGGAAGAUGAGAGGCAAUUUUUCAAGCAACCUCAAACUGCAUGUGUUCUGUCACAUGAUGAAGGACAAGAGAGAUGCUAUCAGGCUCAUUGCAGAUAGGUGGAAGCUUUCUGUUCAUGCGGCUGGUUGGGAGCCUAAGCGUUUUGUUACCAUCCAUGUCACACCCAAGUCGAAACCACCUGCCCGCAUCCUGGGCUCCAAGGCAGGUGCCCCUAUCACCGCCGCCCAUCCUUACUUUGAUCCUCUGGUUGACAUGGAUCCAAGGCUGGUUGUUGCAAUGCUGGACCUGCCACGGGAGGCUGAUGUGAAUUCCCUAGUCUUAAGGUUUGGUGGAGAGUGUGAAUUGGUCUGGCUGAAUGACAAGAAUGCAGUGGCUGUCUUCAAUGAUCCAGCUAGAGCAGCAACAGCACUGAGGCGGCUGGAUUAUGGGUCUGCUUACCAUGGCGCUGCAAUGUUUUUGCCAAGCAGCGCUCAGCCAUCUUCGUCUGGCAAUGUGUGGGUUGCAGGUCAGAAGGAUGGAGUGUUCGCUGCUAAGAGUGGUGGCAAUCCGUGGAAGAAGGUUUCUGCUGCUGAGCCUGAGCCUGAGCCUGCAGCUAGAGCAGCUCCAGCACCUGGGUGGAGAGGCGCCAGUACUGCUGCUCAAGUCAUGGGGACUCCGAACCGCUGGAAUGUUCUGGAAUCUGAUGCUGCCACGAGCUCUGGUCCAGGUGAUGAGCGGAGACCUGCUCCUCGCACCGAUGCUGCAUACAGCGCAGUACCAAAUGCUGAGAACGCUGGGCCGUCGGUGAGCAAGCUGCAGCCGGAUGUCGAGGUGGAUGACUGGGAGGAAGCUUGUGAAUGAGAGACCUUGGGAAGUUUGGUUCAGAUGGUUUAUUCAGAUUGCUUUUUGCUCAAUUUAACUAGUACGAUGUUAAAAUUGAGGCUUUUUAAGUAUGAUUGCCUGGUGACUAUCGAAAGCGUUGAUUUGGUCACGUGGGCGAAUCCAUGUAAUGCUCCUGCUUAUUUUGCAGACCUUCCUAAGAUUUCUAUCUUUGCUCACGUUAUAGUUUUUGACCAA